AUGGAGCUGCCGUCCAGACACAGCAUGAGUGGCGGGUAUGAUCUCAGCCUUUUUACCAGCCCUCCGAACUGCAACUUCGUGUGCUCCAUCUGCCAUGGGGUUCUCAAGAGGCCAAUGAGGUUGCCAUGCAGCCACAUCUUCUGCAAAAAGUGCAUCCUCCAGUGGCUAGCCAGACAAAACACCUGUCCGUGCUGUCGAAAAGAGGUGAAAAGGAAAAAGAUGAUCCAAGUGAAUAAACUCCGGAAAACCAUUGGCCGCCUACAAGUCAAGUGCAAGAACGCUGCGGCUGGCUGCUUGGUGACAUGCCCCCUGGCUCAUCGCAAGGGGCACCAAGACUCAUGCCCUUUCGAGCUGAUGGACUGCCCCAACGAGGGCUGCUCUGCGCGGGUGCCUCGUGGGGCCCUGGCUGAACACCGCCAACAUUGCCAGCAAGGGAGUGAGCAGCGUUGCCCCUUAGGCUGCGGGGCCACACUGGCUGCCGAAGAACGAACCAACCACAACUGUUACCGCCAGCUGCGAGACGCCUGGAGCGAGCGCCAGGCACGCAGCCGGACGCUGCUGCUGAGCCUUCUGGGGCGCGUGCGCCGCGUGCACCGCUCCACCAACCUCAUUCGCCGGCAGCUGGCUCAGCUGGGCAACUUUCUGGAGGACGACGCCCUGCUCCUGGAUGGAGGUCGGCAGGAGGCUGAGCUCACUCCAGAGGGCCAUACUGGGGUUGAGGUGUGGGAGGUGCAACGCCAAGAUGUCUUAUGA